AUGGGUAUCACUUGUUCAUGUUAAACAAAAAUUGAUGAUGACUAUAUUCUAGAUGAUGCACCUUUAAAUGAGGCCAAUUAAUAAUAACAUACUGAUCUUCUCCAAAAUGCUGAUAAGAUUGAAGGAAAAGAAUAAGAACAAUAAAAAGAACAAUAAACUAUAGAUAUAGAUCCAAUUCAACUUAAAUCAUAUGAAAUUGAGGAUAAUUGUCCCCAAGGUCUAUAACCACUUUCAUUUUAAGCCUAAUAAGAAUUUAUUGAUCAAUAUCCUGCUAUAGUCAAAAAACAACUUUAGAAAUUACCAAGGCUUGAAAUUAAGGCUACUCUUACUCCUAAUUAUAAAAGAAUACCUUUAAUAGAUACUCCGUAAUGACUUCUAUCUAAAUAAUUAGUUAUUAAUUAUUAAAUGGAGAUGUUUAUGUAGGGUAAUGGGCUGAAGGAAAACCCUUUGGUUUAGGCAAAAUAUAUUAUCUUGAUCACCAGGUCUACGAGGGUCAAGUUGUAGAUGGAGUUCCUGAUGGAGAGGGCAGAAAAAUAUUCAAAGAUGGAUCUUUUUACACUGGUAUUAAACAAACUAUAAUUCAAAAGGAUAAUUUAAAAUGGGAGAAAUAAAUGGAAAGGGUAAGUUUACAAGAUAAGAUGGUUUCAAAUAUGAAGGUGAUUUCUUAUGUGGAAGACCUGAUGGAAAUGGAAUUGAAACAUGGCCAGAUGGUACUAAUUAUCAAGGUCAAUAUAAAUUGGGAAAAAAAAACGGAAAAGGAACAUUUACUUGGAGUAAUAGGAAAAAUAAGAAAACAGGUAAAUUAGAAACCUAUACUGGUUUUUUUAAAAAUGAUGUAUUUCAUGGAUAAGGUAGAUAUGAAUGGUUAGAUGAUAGAAUAUAUGAUGGAGAGUGGGUAGAAGGAAGAAUGGAAGGGAAAGGAGAGUUUAUUUGGCCAGGUACAUAUUUAAUUAAAUUAAUUUUAGACAAGAGAAAAUAUACAGGACAUUAUUUGAAAGACAUUAAAUCAGGUUAUGGUGAAUUAGAAUGGCCUGAUGGAAAAAAAUUGUCAGGUUAAUGGAGAAUGGGUAAAUUAACUGGAAUUGUUACACUUACAAUCAAAGGUAAAAUAAAGGAAGGACAAACUGAACCAGAACCGGACAAAAUCUUUUUAUCUGAAUGGGAAGAUGGGAGAAGAAUAAAAUGGUUAGAUAAUUAAAAACCUAGUGGAAUACAUAGUAAUAUUAGUUAACUAAGAAAUUUUGAUGAACAUCAAUAAAAUACAAGUUAAAUUAUAAAAUCUCAAAUUAGAUAAGAUGAUAUACAAUCAAAUAAUAAGGAUUAAUUAUUGAAUAAUUCUGAAAUUCAAUAAUAAAAUACUGUUUUUUAAUAAAAUGAAUAAAUAAAGUAAAUUUAGCAAUAAUAAUAAUAAUAAUAAUAAUAAUAACAUUAGAUUAUCGAAAAUUAGAAUAAUAUCUCUAUAAAAUAAAAUUAAUAGGACAAUGUUAGCUCAAAUAUAGAAGAUAAUUAAUUUUAUUAAUUUAAUGAUAAUAAAUAAUAAAAUGAAAAAUAAAGUGCAUUAGUAAAGAAUUUUGAUUAACAAUAAUAGGAAGUUUAAAAAGAGAAAACAGAUAUAUGA